AUGACUCUGUCACGCAGUCUGGAUUCUAGUAAACACAAAUUCAUUCACAAGAUAUAUGCGACUGUCAAUUCAAACCGGGAUUGUUUUAUUCUCAUCUGCAAUGAAGCAAUCGUCUAUGACAAAAAUUAUUACUUGACCUUAACAUCAAUAUUGCAACAUGGACUAAACUCCGAUUUGUUAGACCGUCGUACUUGGAGCUCUGAUGAAAUCGGAAGCAUUGAUGUCUGUCAUGGUGACAAGUUUAUCCUCUAUUCUAAUUCCUUUCCUUUCAGCAAGCUUAUUACUGUUGAGGUGACUCGACUAAAUGAGGACCUGAAGUCUGUGUCCAACAAAUUGUCCAGAACAACCUCCAACCUAGAUUCCCUGCAUGAGCACUCCGCCAACACAGAUGCUCGCCUGCUGGAGGCUGAGAGGCAGCUUCGUGAAAUCAAUGUUUCAGCCGAUGAGAUGGUUGAUCGGGUAGGAUUCUAUAGAACUUCAGAUUUUUAG